GCUUCUCACCUGGGCCUGGCAACCCUCCACCGGGAAUCUGUCCACCCGCCUCUUUCCCUUCGAGCUUUGGUUAACCCUUGAAAUCCGGCCUUGAAAUACACAAGAGGGGGGUUUGUUCCCUGACUUGAAGUCGAGCGGCUGAAAUCCAGAUCUUUUCAAACCAUCCCAAAUUUGGUUUGAGGAAUCAUGUUGGCGGUCCUAUUUCAGCGUGGCGUACCCUCCCCCGUGCUGCUUUGGACAGCUCCUUUCCUCGGGAGGGAACUGUCAAGCGAGGUGUGUGUGUGUGCGCGCGCGUGUGUUGUUUUCGGCGCAUGCACACCCCUCGGUAGCCUCAAGGUCGGCAAUACCCUGAGCAUUCCCGGCCCCCCGCCGUCCGGCCUCGGCCCUGCCAGGCACAGACAGAGAGAGAGGGAGUCCCCCGUCCCGGCAGGGCGUUCUGCGAGCGGUUUCAGCGUCCAGCAAGGUCGGUGCUGAAGCAGGGCCGGGCGCGGGGAAGCUGGGCUCCGGAGGGUGGACCCCGAGCAGCCGCCACUGGGCGGCAGGGACCCGGCCGGGCCGCUCGGCGCGCCAGGACUCCCCCGGGGGUGCUCGGAGACCCCGGAGAGGAGGAGCGGGGAGGGGCGCGGGGCUCUCCCAGGCGGCGAGCUGUCCCGGAAUUUGAAGACCGGAGAGGCAGCUGGUUCCUGGCCAGGACUCCCGAUUUCUUCUCAGAUGGAAACAGUUUCUCCAGGUGAACCUGCUGGAAUUCUCAGUGGAGUCUCACUCGGGCUUAGCCUCCUGGUACAUUUAACCGAGGCCGCAUUUAUCCCCGUGAGAGGAGGAAGGUGCCAAAUGGAGCGGGGCUCUCGGUUGCAGAACACGAUUCUUGCUGAGAGAACUACAAAAGGAUGAACUCCAGCAAAAGAAUAAGUGAAUCUAAGGAAUGGAGUGGGAUAUAAACAAUAAGGGUGGGGAGGAGGAAGAGGAACAGAAGACGCGCUGGUGGUGGCUGGCGGUGGCUGAGCAUCCCCCAAGACCCUCAAGCAAGCGUCCUCUCCAAGGCAGGAAAAGCCCACGGACCUACCCACUGGGGUGGCCAGAGGGCCUGAGCGCGUAACCCAGGACCCGGCGGCCGGGGGCGCCAGCCCCUCAUGUUCCGCAGAAGGCGCAAAUGUGAUGUCAUGCCCAUUGUUUUGGUGCGCCCGACCAAUCGGACUCGGCGCCUGGAUUCUACCGGAGCCGGCAUGGGCCCUUCCUCGCACCAGCAGCAGGAGUCUCCGCUCCCGACCAUAACGCAUUGCGCAGGGUGCACCACCGCCUGGUCUCCCUGCAGCUUUAACAGCCCUGACAUGGAAACCCCAUUGCAGUUCCAGCGCGGCUUCUUCUCGGAGCAGCCGCCGCCGCCGUCGCGCUCCUCGCACCUGCAUUGCCAGCAGCAGCAGCAGAGCCAGGACAAGCCGUGCGCGCCCUUCGCGCCCCUCCCGCACCCUCACCACCACCCGCACCUCGCGCACCAGCAGCCGGGCAGCGGCGGCAGCAGCCCAUGCCUCCGGUGCAACAGCUGCGCCUCCUCCGGUGCCCCGGGGGCGGGGGCGGGGGAUAACCUGUCCCUGCUGCUCCGUACCUCCUCGCCCGGCGGCGGCGCCUUCCGGACCCGCACUUCCUCGCCGCUGUCGGGCUCGUCGUGCUGCUGCUGCUGCUCGUCGCGCCGGGGCAGCCAGCUCAAUGUGAGCGAGCUGACGCCGUCCAGCCAUGCCAGUGCGCUCCGGCAGCAGUACGCGCAACCGCCAGCGUCCGCCUCCCAGUACCACCAGUGCCACAGCCUGCAGCCCGCCGCCAGCCCCACGGGCAGCCUCGGCAGCCUGGGCUCUGGGCCCCCGCUCUCGCACUACCACCACCACCCGCACCCGGCGCACCACCAGCACCACCAGCCCCAGGCGCGCCGCGAGAGCAACCCCUUCACCGAAAUAGCCAUGAGCAGCUGUAGGUACAACGGGGGCGUCAUGCGGCCGCUCAGCAACUUGAGCGCGUCCCGCCGGAACCUGCACGAGAUGGACUCCGAGGCGCAGCCCCUACAGCCCCCGGUGUCUGUUGGAGGAGGUGGCGGCGCGUCCUCCCCGUCUGCUGCCGCGGCCGCCGCCGCUUCGUCCUCAGCCCCGGAGAUCGUGGUAUCCAAGCCGGAGCACAACAACUCCAAUAACCUGGCGCUCUACGGAGCCGGCGGCGGCGGCAGCACUGGAGGAGGCGGUGGCGGCGGCGGCGGCAGCGGGCAUGGCAGCAGCAGUGGCACCAAGUCCAGCAAAAAGAAGAACCAGAACAUUGGCUACAAGCUGGGCCACCGGCGCGCCCUGUUCGAGAAGCGCAAGCGGCUCAGUGACUAUGCGCUCAUCUUUGGCAUGUUCGGCAUCGUGGUUAUGGUCAUCGAGACCGAGCUGUCGUGGGGCGCCUACGACAAGGCGUCGCUGUAUUCCUUAGCUCUGAAAUGCCUUAUCAGUCUCUCCACGAUCAUCCUGCUCGGUCUGAUCAUCGUGUACCACGCCAGGGAAAUACAGUUGUUCAUGGUGGACAAUGGAGCAGAUGACUGGAGAAUAGCCAUGACUUAUGAGCGUAUUUUCUUCAUCUGCUUGGAAAUACUGGUGUGUGCUAUUCAUCCCAUACCUGGGAAUUAUACGUUCACAUGGACGGCCCGGCUUGCCUUCUCCUAUGCCCCAUCCACCACCACCGCUGAUGUGGAUAUUAUUUUAUCUAUACCAAUGUUCUUAAGACUCUAUCUGAUUGCCAGAGUCAUGCUUUUACAUAGCAAACUUUUCACUGAUGCCUCCUCUAGAAGCAUUGGAGCGCUUAAUAAGAUAAACUUCAAUACGCGUUUUGUUAUGAAGACUUUAAUGACUAUAUGCCCAGGAACUGUACUCUUGGUUUUUAGUAUCUCAUUAUGGAUAAUUGCCGCAUGGACUGUCCGAGCUUGUGAAAGGUACCAUGAUCAACAGGAUGUUACUAGCAACUUCCUUGGAGCAAUGUGGUUGAUAUCAAUAACUUUUCUCUCCAUCGGUUAUGGUGACAUGGUGCCUAACACAUACUGUGGGAAAGGAGUCUGUUUGCUCACUGGGAUUAUGGGUGCUGGUUGCACAGCCCUGGUGGUAGCUGUGGUAGCAAGGAAGCUAGAACUUACCAAAGCGGAAAAGCACGUGCACAACUUCAUGAUGGACACUCAGCUGACAAAAAGAGUGAAAAAUGCAGCUGCCAAUGUACUCAGGGAAACAUGGCUAAUUUACAAAAAUACAAAGCUAGUAAAAAAGAUAGAUCAUGCAAAAGUCAGAAAACAUCAACGGAAAUUCUUGCAAGCUAUUCAUCAAGCGCGGAAAUUGAGAAGUGUAAAAAUGGAGCAGAGGAAGCUGAACGACCAGGCGAACACCUUGGUGGACCUGGCGAAGACCCAGAACAUCAUGUAUGACAUGAUUUCCGACUUAAAUGAAAGAAGUGAAGACUUUGAGAAGAGGAUCGUUACCCUGGAAACGAAGUUAGAGACUUUGAUUGGUAGCAUCCAUGCCCUGCCUGGGCUCAUAAGCCAAACCAUCAGGCAGCAGCAGAGAGACUUCCUCGAGGCUCAGAUGGAGAACUAUGACAAGCACGUCCCCUACGAUGCUGAGCGGUCCCGGUCCUCGUCCAGGAGGCGGCGGUCCUCCUCUACAGCGCCACCAACUUCAUCAGAGAGUAGCUAGAAGAGAAUCAGUUAACCACAAAAUAAGACUUUUUGCCAUCAUAUGGUCAAUAUUUUAGCUUUUAUUGUAAAGCCCCUAUGGUUCUAAUCAGCGUUAUCCGGGUUCUGAUGUCAGAAUCCUGGGAACCUGAACACUAAGUUUUAGGCCAAAAUGAGUGAAAACUCUUUUUUUUUUUUCUUUCAGAUGCACAAGGAAUGCACCUAUUAUUGCUAUAUAGAUUGUUCCUCCUGUAAUUUCACUAACUUUUUAUUCAUGCACUUCAAACAGACUUUACUACUACAUUAUAUGAUAUAUAAUAAAAAAAAGUUAAUUUCUGCA